UUUAGAAUCUUGCAUGCAUUUAUCUGCAUAAUGCUUAACUUUUAUUAUCCAGUAACUUUAUUUGGUUAAUAAUGAAAUUCUUCGUGAAACAGGUUGACCAGCUACUAUACUGCACUGAAGUACUUGAAUUGUGUGUAAUAAUCCAUCACUUCUUCUAAUUGGGGCAAGUUCAGAUCAGCGAAUGGAUCGUUGUGAUACUUCUGGAUUUGUGAGCGGGGGUGGGGUGUACUCUUUCAGAGGCAUCUAACCUUUGUUUUGUUACUAAUUGAUUUAAACCCGGAAGUCAGGAAGACUGUUCUUUUGCAUCUGAAUUUGGAUCAAAUAAGUGUAUUGCAUCAGUGGCUAUUUGGUCAUGAAUGCCAGAUUUCACAAUCUUGGUUUUGCUGCUAACCCUGUAUCAAAUGCAUUCAAGAAUCUGGGCAGUUCCAGCCAAAUUGGAGGAGUCAGGGGUGUUUAUCAUGAAGAUACGACCUUACAACUUAAUCCACCGUCUUUUCAGAUCCCUUCCACAUCUGCUCCAAAGGGAAUAAAGCGGAAGUGGAGUUUAAUAGAUGGACCCAUGGAUCAGCAAAUCGAAUCUUCACUAUGUCUCCGCCUAGGCCAGUCAUCAAGUUCGUCAGAUAGUAAGGGGAGUACAGCGACUGCAUGCACUUCGAUGUCCUCGGCAAAAGAAACUGAAGAAGAAUCGUCAAUGGAUCUAGAACUGGACUUCACACUCCAUCUUGGCAGUGAAUUAAAUCCAAGGAAAUCAGCCAGUUCGAAAUCCCUGAGUGCACAGUCUAAGGUUGAUUUGGAGUUGAGCCUUUGUAGUAGGCCUGCUGAAUCUGAUAUAACUACAUUUUGUCCAAGCUCCACUACGGCAAAGAAUGUUCUCAAAAUGGCGUUUACUGGUGAUGGAGCUUUUAACACUGAUGAAGGAUCCAUGGGAAGUCCUUUUUAUCCAUUUCCAAUUGCACGGGACAUAGAAAACACUAACUUCCUCGGCCAGGCUCCAAGACAAAUGAAGCCGGUAUCACUGUCUCCAGAUCUCUCUGCAAGUGUAAUGACUACACCAAAAAGCUCAGUCACCUGUACUUCCGGGAUAACACAGCUUCAACAGCAGCGCACUAGUUGUGCUAAACAGUGUCAGUUUCAGGGAUGUUCCAAGGGAGCAAGAGGUGCUUCUGGCCUUUGUAUCGCUCAUGGUGGCGGUCGGAGGUGCCAACGUCCUGGUUGCCAUAAAGGAGCUGAGGGUCGGACUGCAUUCUGCAAGGCUCAUGGUGGCGGUCGGCGAUGUGAAUUUUUAGGAUGUACAAAGAGUGCAGAAGGACGUACAGACUUCUGUAUUGCUCAUGGCGGUGGCCGCCGUUGCAGUCAUGAGGGCUGCACCCGUGCUGCAAGAGGGAAAUCUGGAUUGUGCAUUCGGCAUGGUGGUGGCAAGAGAUGCCAGAGAGAGAACUGCACAAAAAGUGCAGAAGGCCUUUCUGGUCUUUGCAUCUCACACGGAGGUGGUCGCCGAUGUCAGUAUCCUGAAUGCACUAAAGGGGCCCAAGGAAGCACAAUGUUCUGUAAGGCUCAUGGCGGUGGCAAACGUUGCACAUUUUUGGGAUGCAACAAGGGUGCGGAAGGAAGCACUCCUUUCUGCAAGGGCCAUGGUGGAGGGAAACGAUGUUCUUUCCUAGGAGGCGGGGUUUGCCCAAAGAGUGUGCAUGGGGGUACCCUUUUCUGUGUAGCACACGGAGGUGGCAAGAGGUGUGCUGUGCCAGAGUGCACGAAGAGUGCAAGGGGACGUACAGCCUUUUGUGUCCGUCAUGGUGGGGGAAAGAGAUGCAAAUAUGAAGGGUGUGGAAAAAGUGCUCAGGGCUGCACUGAUUUCUGCAAGGCUCAUGGAGGAGGGAAGAGAUGCUACUGGGGUCAGCCUGAUUCUGAAUUUGGCAAGGGCGAUGGACCUUGCAACUCGUUUGCUCGGGGUAGGAGUGGGCUCUGCGCAUCGCAUGGUUCCUUGGUUCAGGACAAUCGGGUUCAUGGUGGUGAAACUAUAGGAGCUGUCAUUCAGGAUUCAAAAACCAGCCAACCUUCUAAGAUGAAACAGAUUUUCACUGCCGAUGACAUGAGUGUUGACAUUAUAGAGAACAGUGUUGCGGCUUCCCACAGGAGUUGGAAUUAUUUAGGCCCCCAUCAUGCUCGUAUGCCAGUAGGAGGCAACUCAUCACCCAGUACAGUCCCUGAAGGAAGGGUGCAUGGAGGAAACCUUGUGGCACGGUUUGCGGGGAGUUCUCAUCACAGUUUCACCAGCAGCAGAGACAUUGUUGGUUCAUCCGAGUCGGAGAAAUCUUUCAUGACUCAUCAGACCUGGAUAUAAGAUAUGUUACCUGGUUUUCCAUUGUUCUUACUAGCUUAGUACUUGGCCUGUAUUGUGUCUGUUACAUUUAUGUUUGUUUAGUGGUUGGAAAAUGAGAAACUCCUGUCUUAUUUCUCUGAUAUUUCUUGAACUUUGUUGCAUGUGUGGCAAUAAAGGGAAAUAAACUAUGGUCUAGUAACCCUUUGUCUGUGGGUCAUUGGUGUUUAUUCAUGUAAAUAUUUUAAUUAUUCCAUCCUAGUUUCUUUGGUCUGUCAUUUUAUGGGUCUUGUGGAGUCAUGUUGUAAAACAAUGUUUCUAGUUUUGUGCAUAUCCUCCUUUUGACGAUUC